ACGAGGGCCGCCGCUAUGUCCUACCGGUUGCGUGGCCUCCGUGUCGCCCUCGACGCCCACCGGCGCCUUGGAGAUCGCCUGGGCGGCCACAUUCCCACGCUGGGCGCCGCGAUCGCGGCGGCCCGCCUGGUGGGGCUCGACGACGCGGAGCUCCAGGAUGCCAUUGACGCCCUGGAGACUGGCAACUGGUGCCGCCACGCCCCGCCGCCAUGCGCGAGCGGGAUGCCGCCGCUGCCUGCGGCUGUUCGGGCCGUUGUCCUCGAGUCGACGCUGAAGAUGAUGGCCUUUCCGCUCAACGCCGAGAACCUUAUGAUCUUCAAGCUGUUCCUGCUGGCGACCUUCCUGAGCCGUGUCGUUUCGAACUUCCUGGUCAUUUGGAUCCUCCUGAAUGCAACUUUCGUGGAGAUCCCGCUGGUCUUCAUGAUGUUCCUGCUGCUCAUCGAGAGCCUGCUGGUCUUCACGAUGUUCCUCCUCAUCGAGGGCCUGCUGAUCUUCGUGAGCCUGCUGGUCUUCGAGAGCCUGCUGGUCCACGAGAUCCUGGGAAACUCUUUCCUCAUCGAGAGCCUGCUGGUCUUCAAGCUGUGCCUGCUGUACCUGUGCGCUUUCGUCUCGACGUCGACUUCCAGAAGGAGGCUGUGA